AUGAUAAAAAAACUCAAUUUAGAAAUAUCUGGUAUGAGUUGUAAAAGCUGUUCUGGUACAAUCGAAAGUACUUUACAAAAUCUUUCAGGAAUCAUAAAACCUAGUGUUCGCGUAAAUUUUUUAACUGGUAAUGCUUCGUUAAAAUUUGAUGCUAAUAAUUUAACCGUUGAUCGAAUCAAAGAUUCUAUAACUUCGAUUGGUUUUGGGGUUGAUUACGUUGAAGAAACCAACAUUGAUAAUAAUAGUUCAAAUAAUAAGAAACAAAUUGAAAUUGAAAUUGAUGAAAAAUCUAAAAAAACUGCUAAUACUGCCAAUAACAAUGACGCAACAGAAGAUUCCGCUAAUGUUAUAACAAAAUUUUUAAUUGGUGGUAUGGGUUGCGCUUCAUGUAUAGGCACCAUUGAGACAACUCUUUUACAAUUACAUGGUGUAGCACAAGUAAACAUUAACCUAUUAACAACCGAGGCUUCCAUAAAACACAAUCAAUCAAAAAUUGGUGUACGUGAUCUAAUGCGACAUAUUAGUGAUAUCGGGUUUGAAUCACAAUUGUUAAAAACCAACAAUAACGAUUUGCAAUUUGGAAAUCGAAUUCGUCAAAAAACAGAGAAAGAACAAAAACUUUUAAGAAAUCGAUUUUUAGUAUCAUUAUUAUUUGCAAUACCAACUUUUUUGAUAGUAAUGGUUUUCAUGAUGAUCGGACCAAAUCCUAUUAAUGAACUAUUAACCUAUCAAAUAAUCACUGGCCUGGAUGUUGAGACAUUAAUUCUUUUCUUGUUAGCAACUCCUGUCCAGUUCAUACUUGGCUAUCCAUUUUACGUAAAAGGUUUCAAAUCAUUAUAUUAUACACGAAAAGCAAAUAUGGACACCUUGGUGGCGUUGGGUACGACUGUUUCAUAUUUAGGAUCAAUGAUCAAUGUGUUGAUUCCAGUCUUUAGAAGUAGCCCCGAGGCAGGUUAUCAAUUUUUUGAGACUAGUAUUUUUUUGAUUACGUUUAUUUGGUUGGGAAGGUGGAUGGAGUUGAAAGCCAAAGGUAAAACUUUCGAAACGAUCACAAAGUUAAUGGAGUUGCAACCAGAAAAGGCUGUACUAGUUGAAAUCACUUAUGAUAAAGAAAAUAACAUGAUCACUGAUGAGAAAGAAAUUGAUUUAGAAUUAGUUCAAGUUGGUGACAUUCUCAAAGUAAAUCCUGGAAAAAUAUAUAAAGGCAUAACAACGUUGGAUGAAUCAAUGAUAACAGGUGAAUCAAUUCCAAUUACAAGAACAGUAGACGAGCCAGUAAUAACAGCAACAGUAAAUCUGACAUCAAUGAUUUGGAUGAAAGCAGAACGAGUUGGCAGCGAUACAACUUUAUCACGCAUAAUAAAAUUGGUUCAAGAAGCUCAAUCGUCAAAAAAAGCACCAAUUGAAGAAUUAGCUGACAAGAUUGCUCAGGUUUUCGUCCCAACAGUAAUAUCAAUUGCCAUUUUGGACUUUUUUAUCUGGUUCGCAUUAACCAAUUCUGGAAUAGUGCCUAGUGAUUGGAUCACGGAUGAUCUCAAUAAUACAGUGUUUUCUUUAUUUUUUGCAAUUGCCGUAUUAGUGAUCGCGUGUCCUUGUGCAAUGGGCCUAGCGUCACCUACUGCAAUCAUGGUUGGAACAGGUGUGGCUGCAAAACAUGGUAUUUUGAUCAAGGGUGGUGGCGAGGCGAUUGAGAUGGCUUAUCGACUUAAUACUAUAGCAUUUGAUAAGACUGGCACGUUAACAUAUGGCAAACCGAAAGUUGUGGCGGCCAAAUUUUUGUAUAAUAAUAAGAAAUCUGAUGAGGGUCAAACAUAUAAAUUAUCAGUAUUGAUGGAAAUCAUUAGAUUGAUGGAAUCGUCUAGUGAUCAUCCGUUGGCUCGUGCCGUUGUGCAACACAUUGAUGAGUCAUUUGCUAAACAACCAAAUAAUUUCAUAGAGUUAGAUUCUAUCACUGAAGUUUCCGGUAAAGGCCUUGAGGCUGUUGUUAAUAUUCGAAGUAAUAACCCUCUAAAUAAGAAUGAGAAUGAUGAAAUGACCGUUAAUAGUAAAUACUCGGCAAAAUAUAAAGUUUUUAUUGGUAAUGAAAAAUGGAUGCGUGAAAACAAUUGUAUUUAUCCAGCUGUUGCAACAAACGAAAAACCCAAAAAAGAUGGAUCAUUCAUUUUACAUAAAUGGCAAAAAUCAGCACAAAUUGGUAUUGCAGAUACACCAAGGCCUGAUUCAAAGAAAACAAUUGAAAAAUUAAAAUCACUUGGUAUUGAGAUUUGGAUGAUAACUGGAGAUAAUCCUAUUACUGCUAAAGCUAUUGGUGAGCAAUUGGGUAUAGAUAAUAUUUUUUCAGAGGUGACGCCUGAAAUGAAAGCUGACAAAAUCAAAUGGUUACAACCAACAGUAGCAAUGAUCGGGGAUGGUAUUAAUGAUUCACCGGCUUUGGCUCAAUCAAAUCUACCAAUCACAAUCGCAAGUGCAACAGAUGUAGCAAUUGAAUCAUCUUCGGUAAUAUUGACACGAUCAACUCUUUCCUCAUUGAUAACCUUGUUAUCAUUAUCAAAAACUAUUAUUUGGCGGAUUAGGUUGAAUUUCUUCUGGGCUUACAUUUAUAACUCAUUGGCUAUACCCAUUGCUGCUGGUGCAUUCUUUCCAUUACUCAAGCAUGGUUUAAGACCUGAAUAUGCUAGUUUAGCUAUGGCUGCUAGUUCUACAACUGUAGUUGUUAGUAGUUUGAUGUUAAAGAAUUAUAAAGAGCCAAAAAAUCAUUAA